CUCACAUCCCCUGGUCUGGAUUUGAAAGACACUCCUUCAAGAAUGCGGAGCAUGUUCUACCGCCAAGUACAGACUUGACAAUGAUAUGGGGCGUGGAGCUCGAAUGUCUGAGUGCGUGUGUGCGUGUGCGCGCGCGAGCUGUCUCUCGGAGACCCACACCCGAGAACCUGACCGAGCAUCGCUGAGCCGAGGACGGAUGGAUGUGGAUCCGCUGGACGUGUAAAAAGACGAUAUGAACGAAAAAAAUUCCUUUUUAUCUUUGCUGCUGUGGGAUUUUUUUUUAGCUUCAUGUCUGGAGACUGAAGAGGAAUGGAGCCUCGAGCCAGCGCGUGAGAGCUGAUUUCAUUUAUGCUAAUUUAACAGACAGCCAGGGCAAUAGAGCCAUGAGCAUGGCAUGUUAUGAUUUCCACUAAGAACGAGACUAUGCUAAAAUAUGAUUGAAAAAAUGAUAAUGAAGUCGUGCUAAAUGUUUUGUUCAUGAGAAAAAAUCCUAUGACACAAAGCAAGUGCCAGUAAGGAGCUAUUUUGUGUGUUAAUUUAUUGCCAUUGUGUGACUGGCAACACGAAGACAGCAAUGUCAAAGAACAAGAGCAGUGAGUCAGUUAAGGUUGUUGUACGAUGCCGACCUCUGAACCGGAAAGAGGAGUCCAACGGUCCUUCCGGCGGAAUCGUACAGAUGGACCUGCGAUUGGGACAGGUGAUCCUCAGGAAUCCUCGAGCUUCGCACAGCGAACCCCAGAAAACGUUUACAUUCGACGCUGUUUACGAUGCCAAUUCCAAACAACGAGAUCUGUACGACGAGAGCGUUAGGCCUCUGAUAGAUUCAGUGCUAGCCGGGUUCAAUGGUACAAUUUUUGCUUAUGGACAGACUGGGACCGGCAAGACGUACACCAUGCAGGGGAUGUGGUUGGACCCAGAGAAACGUGGAGUGAUACCCAACGCCUUUGACCACAUCUUUACGCAUAUCUCACGCUCGCAGUCUGAUAAGCAGUACCUGGUAAGGGCGUCUUAUCUCGAGAUCUAUCGUGAGGAGAUCCGGGAUCUCCUGGAUCCCAACCAUGCCAAUGCCCGGGGACUCGAGCUCAGAGAGAGUCCAGAGACCGGCGUCUAUGUGCCGGACCUCACUUCUUGCGUCUGCAAGAGCAUCAAGGAGAUCGAGGAGGUGAUGAAUGUUGGCAACCAAGCGAGGGCAGUUGCAGGCACAGACAUGAAUGAAUAUUCGUCCAGGUCCCAUGCCUUAUUCCUGAUCACCGUCGAGUGUGGCCAACCUGGUCCAGAUGGUAGAAAGCACAUCAGGGUCGGUCGCCUCAACCUUGUGGAUCUGGCCGGCAGCGAGCGGCAGGCCAAGACAGGCGUCCAGGGGGAACGCCUUAAGGAAGCAGCGAAGAUAAACCUUUCUCUGUCCGCGCUAGGGAACGUGAUAUCUUCACUUGCGGACGGGCGCAGUGGCCACGUGCCAUACAGGGACUCAAAGCUGACACGCCUUUUGCAGGACUCACUGGGCGGGAACGCCAAGACUGUCAUGGUUGCCACUUUAGGCCCUGCACCCCAGCACUACGACGAAACCCUCACAACGCUUCGCUAUGCCAACCGAGCUAAGAACAUCCAAAACCAGCCUCGAGUCAAUGAGGACCCCAAAGACGCUCUCCUCCGAGAGUUCCAGAGGGAGAUCGCUCGGCUCAGGGCCCAGCUCAACCACAGGAAGUGGAGGAGCAAGCAGAAGAAGGAGCGACAGGAAGACGAAGGAUCAGAUCGAGAUGGUGAUGAAGACACUGAAUGUGAGGAUGGGGAGGAGGAGGUGGAAAAGGAGGCUGAGGAGUACAUGAAGCAAGAGGAGCAGCGUCUGGAGAGGGAGACGGAAGCCAUUAGAGGUGAUCGAUCACUCUUGGCUGAUGAGAAGCAGAGACUUCUUGGUGAGAAGGAGAGAAUGAUGGGGGAUCUUCGGAAGGAGCAGGAAGCCACUGAGCAACUUACUGCCAAGUACAAGGCAAUGGAGAGCAAGCUGCUGGUUGGUGGAAAGAACAUAAUAGAUCACACCAAUGAGCAGCAGAAGAUGCUGGAAGUGAAAAGACAGGAGAUUGCAGAGCAGACGCGCAAUGAAAGGGAGAUGCAGCAGCAGAUGCUGAUCCAAGACGACGAGACGCUGGAGCUGAGGGAGACUUUUACUUCUCUGCAGCAAGAAGUGGAGGCCAAAACAAAGAAACUCAAGAAGUUAUACGCCAAGCUCCAGUGCAUUAAAGCGGAGAUCCAGGAUGUAAAUGACGAGCACGUGAGGAGCCGUCAGGAGCUGGAGCAAACACAGAAUGAGCUCACGAGAGAGCUCAAGUUCAAGUAUUUAAUCAUCGAGAACUUCAUUCCUCCAGAGGAGAAAAAUAAGAUCAUGAGCAGGAUGACUUUUGACCCUGAAGAGGAUCAGUGGAAGUUCCAGCCUCUCGUUCCCGCUGAGAGUAAACCGUUGCAGAUGAAGAAACGGCCAACAUCUGCAGUGGGAUAUAAACGACCAAUCAGCCAAUAUGCAAGGGUUGCCAUAACGAUGGGGGCUAAUAACAGAUUCAGGGCUGAGAACAUAAUGUUUCUGGAGCUGGACAUGAACCCCCCAAACACUGCCUCACUGGGUCGCUUAAGGGAUGUAGACCUAAACCAAAGCUCUUCUGUGGACAACUCUCCUACCACCGACACAGGUGUUCACAAGUCACGCUCUUGGUGUCAAAGCCAAAAGUCUCUCUCGUCCUCCACUUCUAAUGUUUCCCUGUCGGCUUGUACUACAGCCGUGCCUGCAUCGGCGCAGUGAAACACUGAAGCUUUAGCAAUGUGUGUUUUUAUUGUUAUUUAUUGUGCUGCAAAAUUUGGUGCUGCAACAUACAUCAACACCUCUUUACAACACAACAAAUGGUUGAAGGACAAGGACCUUACAAAGCUCAUUAAAAGGAACAAACAGAACUUUUUUUUUUUUGCAUGGGAGAAGAACUUUGAAAUGUCUGUGUGGGUGUAGGUAUGCUUGCGUGUCACCAAAGUGGCUUCUAUCUGUGUAUGAUAUCAUUGUACAUAUUUAAUAUAUUUGUGUCUUUAACGGUUAAAUGAAAUGUCAUAUCACAUUCCCAUAAAAAAUCGUUCAUGUGUCUUUUCACAAUAGAAAACCUUCACAUGUUGUGUUGUGGUUCAAUUAAGACAGUCACGAUGUGUAAUGUUAAAUGAGCAUUUGCCUUAAAAUUAAAUAAUUAAAAGGGGGAAAAAAAAACAGUCACAUACAUUUUCAAACACAAUUUUUGAGGCUUGCAUGUGACCAAAAUUUUAAUUCAACAUGUUUAUUCCAGAUCAUGACAUAGUUUAAUAAGUAGAGCUAUAAAUGUUAAAUAAUUGUAUCUCACAGCAUUCGUCCUUCCAUUCUUUUGUCUUCUUAAUGUAACCCACACUAAAGGGAAUGCGCUACUGGACUGCCACCUGCAAAGACACGAUUGAUUCAGGCUCAGCUAGUUUGCAGUCUUACAGUAAGAGGAAGAAAAUGCUAAGGCCUACAAUAUAUUACUCUUUCAGACUGGUCACUACAGUACUGGCAUGAUAAAUGGAAUUAAAGCAACACUAAAUAACUUUUCAACCUUUAUGAAAUAUUUUCAUAACAUUUGUGAUAAUACAGUGGUAUGAAAAAGUAUCAACAUUUUUGGAAUUUCUCCCAUUUCUGCAUAAAAUUGCCAUUAAAAGUGAUCUGAUUUUGUCAAAAUCACACAGAUGAAACAAACAGUCUGCUUUAACGAAAACCACCCAAACAUUUAUAGGUUUUCAUAUUUUAAUGAGGAUAGUAUGCAAACAAUGACAGAAGAGGGAAAAAUAAGUAAGUGAACCAAUAUGUUGUGCCCACCCCUUUGGCAGCAAUAAUUUCAACCAGACGCUUCCUGUAGGUGCAGAUUAGUCUCGCACAGUUCAGUCAGAUUCGUGGGAUGUCUGGCAUUAAUUGCUGUCUUUGGGUCGUGCCACAGCAUCUCAGUGGGGUUCAGGUCUGGACCUUGACUUGACCACUCCAGAAUGUGUAUUUUGUCCUUCUGAAACCAUUCUCAAGUUGAUUUACUCCUUUGUUUUGUAUCAUUGUCUUGUUGCAGCAUCUUUUUGCACCUCUUUUCAGCUUCAACUGUCUGACAGAUGGCUUCAGGUUUUCCUGCAAAACAUCGUGAUCAGCUUUUGAACUGAUUCUUCCAUUAAUGAUUGCAAGUUGUCCAGGCCCUGAGGUAGCAAAACAGCCCCCAAUCAUGAUGCUCCCUCCACCAGUCUUCACGGUGGGGAUGAAGUGUUGAUUAUGGUGAGCUGUUCCAUUUUUCCUCCACACAUGGAGUUGUGUGUUACUCCCAAACAAUUCUAUUUUGGUUUCAUCAGUCCACAAAAUAUUUGUGUGGGGUGUUGGUUUGUGUAAAUUUGCGGCCACUUCCGUCUCGGCGUUAAUUUGGAAAGGCGCAUCGCGCACAACACCAUGCUUCCGGUUUAAUCUUAAUGAGGAAACUUCCCACACCUGUGUGUAAACUUUUCCUCAAGCUGCACUUGUUGAGAAGCAGUGUAGUCACGUCGUAGGUGAGUACUUGAAUAAAUUUUGAGGUUUAUUACCACAGUGGGAAUUUGGUUUAUUUUUUCAUUGUAUUUGUUUGUUUGUACAAAGACUGUAGUGUGGAGAUGUAUUAUUGGUUUGACUGAAGAUAGCACCGCUGGAAGGCAGAUGGAGGUAGGAGGAAAUGGAAAUGUUUUAUUGUUAUUGUUGGUGAAUUGUAUUUUAAUAGGACACCGUUGUGUUACAGUUUGUGAACUUUUUCUAGUUUUCAGUGUCAACUAAAGAAUGAAAAGUGGCGAAAAAUAAAGUUAAAGAACACCCGUCAAGUGUCGCAUCAUUCUAAGCGGUCAGCUACAGUCCAAGUGCCUUUUUGCGAACAUUAAACGAGCAAAAAUGUUUGGUUUUUUUUAGACAGCAGUGGCUUCCUCCAUGGAGUCCUCCCAUGAACACCAUUCUUGGCCAUAGGUUUACAUAUAGUUGAUUUGUGCACAGAGAUAUUGGACUGCAGUCACUGCACCACUGAUUUCUCUCUCUGUCUUUAGCUGACACUCUUGGGUUCUUUUUUACCUCUCUGAGUAUUCUGCGCUGAACUCUUGGCGUCAUCUUUGGUGGACGGCCACUCCUUUGGAGAGAAGAAGCAGUGGCAAACUCUCCAUUUGUAGACAACUUCUCUGACUGUCGAUUGAUGAACAUCCAGACUUUUAGAGAUGGUUUUGUAUCCUUUCCUAGCAUUAUACAAAUCAACAAUCCUUGUUUUCACACAGCUCUUAUGACCGAGCAUUGAUACACAUCAGACAAUGCUUCUCAUCAAGGCUUUUCUUACCAGGUGUGUGUUUUAUAGUGGGCAGGGCAGCUUUAAACCACUCAUCAGUGAUUUGGCACACAUUUGACUUAAAAUGUUUGGUAAAAAUUGGUUUCAAUUGCUCUUUAAAUCUCCUUAGGCAGAGGGUUCACUUACUUAUUUUUCCCCCUUCAGUCAUUAGCCACGUUUACAUGCUGACUUUUAUUCAUACCGAUUCAAAUCAUUCCGAAUGGAAAUUUCACAUCAGCUGUUUACAUGUCACUUCAUCUAUUCCGAUCCAGUGUUUACAUGUGUCUGCCUUUAUUCCGAAAGGACGUUUGACAACUGCCGUCUGACAUGCGCAGAUUAAUCAAAACAAAGCGUCACGUGGCAAAACAUGGAGAUCGAUCGUCAGAUCAGCUGCUGUUUUAACUUUUCGAGUGGAAACAAAACUACAGAAUGACACGCCGUUCAUUUAAAAAGUUGUGUGGGUGCACUGUGCGCUGUGCUUGGAAGCCAUGUUGCAAGUGACGUUACUUACGUCACCAAGUGACGUCACCACGUCAGUACGGAGCAUGCGCAGAAAGAACGCAACCAGACACCAUUCCGCUUCCCUGUUUACAUAUAAUUUUACUUCUAAUCGGUUUGGGAAAAGGAAUAUUCCACCCCUGUGAAUCGGAAUGAAAUUCCAUUCGGUUUGGGCCUGUUCAUUCCGAAUGAGGUGUUUAUAUGGAACACAUUUAUUCGGUUUGAACAAAUAUUCCGAUUGUAAUUGGAAUAUUUGGCUCCAUGUAAAUGUGGCAAUUGUUUGCAUGCGAUCUUAAUUAAAAUAUGAAAACCUAUCAAUGUUCGGGUGGUUUUAGUAAAAGCAGACACUGUAUUUUCAUCUUUGUGAUUUUGACAAAGAUGAGAUCACAUUUGAUGGUGAUUUUAUGCAGAAAUAUGAGAAAUUCCAAAAGACAAACCAGGUCCUGGAACGAAUUAAAUUUCAUACGUAGAGGUACCACUGUAUAUGGAAUCAAAUUAUUAUUAGUUUUAGUUUAAAAAAGGGAAUUCUUGUAAUGUACAGGGGCUGAAAUCCUUCAUUUCCAAGUGCGAAUGCCCUAAUAAAGUUUUCAGAAAUCAAGAAGACAGACAAUAGAGACAAAAAUAGAUUUUGAACAAUGGUAAAAUGCUGUUUCCAUCUAUUUCAGCCGUUUGCAGAUGUGUGUGGUGAUCCCAAUCGGAGCACCUAAUUGACCCACUUUUAUUCCACUAGGAAAUGCUCAGAGGCUUCACCCAAAUGUCCACAUUUGUAUCGCUCAAUGAAGGUUACAAGCAAUUUACCUUUAAUAAUGGAUACAUGGAAAUAAUUAAUGUUGUUGUGCUGAAGUGUGCAAUGCAAGCAGAUUUAUCAGAUAACUAAAUGAAUGACUAUGGAUUUUUAAAAUAUCAGAGGGGCUAUUAUGUAAGUAAAUCUAUUAGGGUAGAUUUUCAUUGUCGUCAACAUUGUUGUUUCUGCUGUUCAUUUGUUCUAAUUCAUGCUACAUCCAGUAAAGAGGAAAAUAUUUACAUUAUAGCGCUGACGGUAACGGCAGGGUGAAUGUGAUUUAGGAUUUUGAAAGUGGUUGUUGAUAAAUAUGUCUUUGUACAGUGUUUCUGUGUGCAAACCUUGUUAUACGUGUCAGUUAAGUCACCGUUCUGUGUCGGCCUUGUCAAAUAUUGUAAGGCUAUCAGGAAGCUGUGGGGGAGGAAGGAAGUGACAUGCCGAUGGAAAAAAAGAUGCGGGGGGAGGGAUGGGAGCAGUGAGCCAAAGACAAUCAGGAAGUGAGGAACGACUGUGGAGGAGGUGGAAUACGGAGCCAGUCUCCAUGGUAACCAGCCAGCUGAGGAAUGGCUAGUGGAAUGGUGGUGUCGUAUUAUAGUGGUUGUAAAAUAGCAAAAGCCAGUAUUGCUGAGCUCAUCUGUCGGGUUAAAAAAAAAAAAAAGAAUAAAAGCAUUAACACAAGAAUUCUGUAGUCAUAUUUGUUGCUAUUUCAUCAAGAGUGCGUGCUGAUGAUUGAGGGUGCUUGCUGUAAAUUAAUAUAUUGGGCCUGAUAUUCAUUUAGGUUUAAUGAAGAAAAAAAGACUUAAAAUAAUAUUAAAAAAAAAAAAACUAAACUAAAAUAGGCUACGUUCAAACUACAGGUCUUAAUGGGGGCGGCGUGGCUCAGUGGUAGAGUAGUUGUCCCCCAACCUAGAAGUUGUGGGUUCAAUUCUCCGCCCCUGAUGAACGCAUCUAAGUGUCCUUGAGCAAGACACUGAACCCCACGUUGUUCCUGGUGCUGUGUCACCAGUAGGUGGAUGGCAAGAUAGUGUAAAGCGCUUUGAGCGCCUUGAAAGGUGGAAAAGUGCUAUAUAAGUAUAACACCAUUUAAUGCACGAAUGCCGAUUUUUUCGUGUUUUUCCGACUCGAGUGAGGCAUUAACUUGACGGUCUGAAUGUGACAAGUCGCAUAGAUUUGGACCAUUUCAAAUCCGAUUGGGUCACUUUCGUAUGUGGUUCAAAUCCGAUCUGGGCCACAUUUUUCCAGACUGUCGCGGCGGUCUGUACUGUCCAGUCUCUCAAAUCGGAAUUCAUGCAGCAAUUACGUCAUCAAAAAGCGAGAGAGACACCACGGUAGCGGUGCAGCUGUGCGUUAUUGGCGCCUAGCUUGCCUUGAACACGGCAAUUUAGGAAGGGUCGGACUUGACAACAGUCAUAAAAAAAUAAAAAUGGGUUGAGGAUAAGCCUGAGAAUGAUCGGUUUUCUGUCUGCUCCAUAUAAGCAAUAUUUCAACAUUGCUUACACGGCCGAGAGUCGGGGCAAACUGCGUGUAUGUGUGUGUGACAUGCACGGACAGUGCGUGCAUGCUAUCGAUCCAUAUACUUUGAAUAUAAACCUAAACUGGGAUUAUUUAUGUCUGUUAUUUGUGUCCUCUUUUUCAAAAGCAAAAUAUGAUAUCCCUGGAAUGACGGAUGACAGCCAGCAUGUGUGGUCAUUUGUUUUGAUGCUUCUGUGCAUGCGGGUCAUCUUGCUCAGCGCUUGUCGGACUGCGAAUUAGUGCGCAUGCGUAAUACUUGAAUGGUCUCAAUGGACAAAGGCAGUCUGAACGGGCACGCCAGCACGCCAAAAAAGAAACAGAUAUGACAAAAAAUCGGAUUCGUGCAUUAAGACCUGUAGUAUGAACGUAGCCAUAGUGUUUAUUUUUGUGUGUAGAUACAGUACAAUAUAUGUUGCGAGACAAUAGUAUUUUUUUCCUCAGGUUACUAAUAUACUAUAUUUACAGUAUAUAAUAGAAGUGUGACAAAAUAUCAACAUGGUGAUAUAUCGCAAUACUUUGUGUCCCAGAAGGUUAUUGAUAAACGCCUGCAAUUUUGAUAAAUUGUUUUCAUUUAGAUUGGGAGGGGUGAAUGACCGCUCACAGCAUUUGCUGCAAGUCUUUCCGAUUUUCGGGGCAUUUACUGGUCAUUAUAGUGCAUUUAGAGGUCACUUCCUGUAUAAUUUAAGUCACUGCCUAUUCAUUUCCGAUUCACUUCCUGUUCCGUUAUCCAAAUCAACAAGAAGUGACCCAUAAAUGCACCAAAAUCAACCUGAUGUGACCUGUAAAUGCCCUCAAAUGAACUUCGUGUUGAUUUUGAAGCAGUUACAGGUCACUCCAUAUUGAAUUUAAUCUUUGCCUAUUCGUUCCCUGGUUACUUCUUGAUCCGUAACCCAAAAUCAACCGGAAACGACCCAUAAAUGCGCCAAAAUCAACAGGACGUGACUGAAAUGAACAGCAAAUGAUGUGAAAUGCCCCAAAAAUGAACUCCGAGGUUGCCAUUGCCGCCAUAGAUGUCCAAAGGCUUGUUUUCUGUUUGUUAAUUGUAUCAGAGAUUAUCGUAGAAUAAUUUCCUGACUAAUGUAUCGAUAAUUGUUCUAUCGCCAUAUUGUAAGAUCAUCGUUAUUGUGAGCCCUCUAUCCCGUAUCGUAUCGUGAGCUACCCAUAGGUUACCACCCCUAAUAAAUAACUAGAAAAUCUAAAAUGCUUUAAAAAUAAGUAAUAAAAAUAAGCGAAGAAGCACUCGAACAUGUUCUUACAUAUAGAAUACAUACACAAGUUAAUUUCUCUCUUGCAAUGUGUGUCUUCUUGACAUAUGAGUUACAGGCAACAUGGAGGCCUCCUCCUCACCCCCUGCAUAGCAAUUGAAUAUUUUAUGACCAGCGUGCUGCUUUAUUAGGACAGCAAGGGUGUUUUUUUUCUUUUUUUUUUUUUUUUUU